AUGGCUUCAACGAAGAUGCAACCCACUUCGGCAUUAGCCUACGACACCGCUCUGACAUUUUGGAAAAUGGUGACUCAGAUUUUCUUCAGGGAAAUACGUCCAAGAGGUGCAUUUCAUAUCCCUCGUGAUGGACCGGUCAUCUUUGUAGGAGCUCCGCACUCCAAUCAAUUCCUGGAUCCCCUGCUUCUCAGCUUGGAAGUCUACCGUGAGACUCAUCGUCGCGUCCAAUUCUUGACAGCUGCAGCAAGCUUGGAGCGCAAAGCAGUAGGCUUCUUCGCCCGUCUUAUGGACAGCAUCCCUGUGUCUCGAGCUGCCGACAAAGCAAAGUCUGGAGCAGGAUACAUAUACCUUUCUCCUGAUGACCCAUGCCUGGUUUUGGGUGACGGAACUAAGUUUACGUCCGAAGUCAAGUUGAGGACACAGAUAAUGCUUCCCAAGUCGAUUAACUCCCCCUUAGCUGAAGUACUGGAGGUAAUCUCAGACACAGAGCUCAGGAUAAAGCGAGAGUUUGGGGGUGAUGCUGGCAAGAGCACUACGCGUUUCCGAGAGAAGGUUAUAGAAUAUCAAGGACAGGGAAAGAAAGGGAUAGAAUAUAAGCUUCUGCCAUAUGUCGAUCAGCAGGAGAUGUAUCGACAUGUUUACCAGAAACUCAAGGAAGGAGGUUGCGGCAGUCAUGAUCGUACCGACCUAUUACCUUUAAAAGCUGGCGUCUCAUUGAUGGCUCUUGGCGCCAUGGCCAAUGACCCAAAUGUUAAAGUCAAAAUAGUACCUGUCGGUUUGUCUUAUUUCCAUGCUCACCGAUUCCGGUCACGUGCAGUGGUAGAGUUCGGUGUAGCCAUGGACGUUCCUUCUGAGUUAGUCAGUAUGUUCAAAGAGGGCGGUACUCAGAAGAGAGGGGCCGUCAACAAACUACUGGACCUGACAUAUGAUGCGCUCAAAACUGUGACCAUCAGAGCACCAGACUAUGACACGCUCAUGCUUAUACAAGCUGUCCGAAGAUUGUACAAGACACCUGGACAACAUCUUACUUUAGGUCAGGUCGUUGAACUCAAUCGACGCUUCUUAGAAGGUUACACGCACUUCAAAGAAGAACCACGUGUACAAAAACUGCGCACAGAUGUACUCAAAUAUAAUCGACUUCUGCGAGACCUUGGCCUGCGUGAUCAUCAAGUCCCGCGUGCCAAAAAGGCAAGCUGGAAAACCCUAGGACUUCUUGCAUAUCGCCUUGGUCUUCUUAUCGUGUGGGCGUUGCUGGCUUUACCAGGGACCAUUCUUAAUGGGCCCAUGUUUAUCCUGGCAUCUUUAAUAUCGAGGAAGAAGGCCAAAGAAGCUCUCGCUGCAUCGGUUGUCAAAGUGGCCGGUCGUGAUGUACUCGCAACAUGGAAAAUCUUGAUUUCUCUAGGUAUCGCACCUCUGUUAUACGGCUUCUACGCCUUCCUCGCUACUAUGGUUGCCGUCAAGGCCAAUGCCCCCUGGCCGGCGAGGAUUUGGACUCCCUUCUUAGUGAUCGUCACCUUACCUGUUAUGAAUUACGCUGCUCUGAAAUUUGGCGAAGCCGGUAUGGAUGUGUUAAAGUCGCUGAGGCCCCUGGUUGUUGCACUUGUUCCUGGGCAACAAAAGUCACUUGACAAGCUCAAAGCCAUGAGGUUGAAGCUGUCCAACGAAGUUGCAGACGUCAUAAAUGAAUUUGGACCAAAGCUAUACGAUGACUUCGACGAAUUCCGAAUCUUGGUUCCAUCGGCCAGCGCCCCACCCUCAUCUGGAAAUGCUGGGAUGUGGCGACGCAAGAGCAGCGUUGGCCAAGUUGAUGCACAGGGUAAUCUGCUCAUCCAUCCUAUGACUUGGAUCGACGAACGACUCUUUGGUUGGAGCCGCAGUGGCAAGCAUGGAACAAGUGCAUGGGGUGGGAGCACGCCGAACCACGAAAUCAGCAGACCCCAAACGCCAGAUGAAUCAGAUAACGAAGAUCACGGCGACUAUGACCAUGUAGUCAACUUUAUUCCUUCAUACGAGGAUCAAAGCAAACCUCGCAGUCGUCAGGGAUCCUAUGCUGACCUGCAGCGGCUUCGUAUGACAUCAACGGCGGUCCAAACUUCAUCAUAUGUGACAACGAGUGUCCAGACAUCCGAGGCUACAGAGGGUUUACAGAUGCGAACGGAUCGCCGCUGA